AGUGACUCGUGAUUCAAACGUCACUAAGGAACAAACAGACCGUUGUCAGACCGGCGAGGUGAAUGAAAUGAGCAGAUCCGGCUGCUGACCCCUCCAUGGAAGAGGCCAGCGAUGAGGGGCUUUUACUCCAAGCUGGAUUCCUCAUCUAUGGGCAUGGCGAUGCCCCUGAACCUGGCCGUGGAGACUGAGAAAGCUCAGGCCCUGCUCCAGACCUUCAGCACUGCCUCUCUGUUAGCCAGCGCGGGCCUGGGCGCUUUCUGCUUCCUCGCCGACCACUUUCUGACGCUCCCCUUCAUCCAACAUCUGUGGCUCAGGGCUGUUUUCGAUAACGCCACCCACGGCAUCAUUGGACUCUGGUCUUGGGCCAUCGUCAUCGGGCUGAGGAAGAGGAGUGACUUCUAUGAAGUCGUCUUGGCUGGGUUUCUGGCAUCUGUCAUUGACCUGGACCACUUCUACCUGGCUGGAUCAUUGUCGCUCAAAGAUGCUGUGAAUCUGCCGCACAGGCCUCCGCUGCACUGCUCCACCCUGAUCCCAGCGCUGUGCUUCUCCCUGCGCCUCCUCAUGUGGGCCUGCCGGCUCAAGGACUCCUGGUGCUCCCUGCCCUGGAUGCUGUUCAUCUCGCUGACGUCGCACCACAUCCGCGACGGCGUCCGGCACGGCCUCUGGGUGUGUCCGUUCGGAAACACGGCGCCCAUCUCUUACUGGCUGUACGUCACCAUCACGGCCACUCUCCCUCACCUGUGCUCGGUGCUCAUGUAUCUGACCGGCACCAGAGACAUGAUCUCCACCAAACACGGAGUCGCCAUCGACGUCUGAAACACUGGCUUGAUUGUGGGGGUUUAUUUAUUCGAAUAUUUACUUUUCCCAGCAAAAACACGGCACUGGAAAUGUUUCCAUUCGCUCUUGUCCGCUUCAUCGCCAUUCCGACAUAAUUCGUCCUCCUUCCUUGAGAGAUUUUCAGUACGUUUGAUACUUUUAACUACUGUGGUCAUUCAGGUAUCAGUGUGAAAUCAGGUUGUAUUUACUGUGAAGACUGUGAAUAUUUUAAUAUGUAUGAUUUAGAUUAGGGUUGGGCGAUUAAAAACAAAAUAACAGCUCUAUUUUGCAGCCUUUUAUACGAUAUGCUAUAUUUGAUAUAAAAUCCAUUGCAGAGCAAAUAGAGAAAUUAUAUUAUCAACAUUUCAUGCAGUAUUUAUUAAUAAAAACAAUAAAUCUCUAAAGUAGUUAGUUUUCUAUGUAUGAAAUAUGGUCAGAAAGUUCAAAAUAGAGUUCAUUUAGAAAAUAUAAUUUCUAUAUUUGCUGAUCUGGAUUUAGAUUCUCAUUUUUGCCAAGUAGAGAAUAUUUAAUGAUUGAUAAUGCUUAAUAAUUUAUUAUUAUGCAUCAAUAUAAAAACUGUAACUAAUAAACAGCAUUUACCUAUAUAUAUUAAAACAACACACAAAGAUGUUGAUGAGAAAUUUGAGUGAUGAACAAACAAAUUGCUAAUUUAUAGUUGCAUAGUUAAAACUGUGCAUCAUAUUAGUGAAAUUUUGGUGAAAAUGGCAAAAAAAGGUCAAUUGUCAAUACUUUUUAUUUGGUCCGCAAAAUCUGCAAUUGUGAGUUUACAUCUCACAACUCUGCCUUUUUUUCAGAGAAUUGCAUGAUGCAAACUCGCAGUUCUGACUUUUUGCUGAGAAUUGCAUGAUAUUAACUAACAUUUUUAAGUUAUAAAGUCAGAAUUGCAAGACAAACUUUCAGUUCUGAAAAAUAAAUACAAAAAAAAUGUGCAGUAUAGUUCUCAGUUCUGACUUUUUUUUUUU